UUACAAAACAGCCAACCUUGGCUGUUUUUGGCAUUAUUAGACCCAGUCUUUCAGUGUUACAGACAAGUUCUCUGCCCUCGGCAAGUGGAGACGCAACUUUAUAAUACAUUACAGAGUAAGCAUUAAUUUGUGGUAAAAUAGUCACUCUUUUUCACCUAACAAGCUGCAAUAGGUGAUUCAGAGCUUUGGGUUCUCAGCCUAGGUCAACAGUCUUCCGUUCUCUCACCGCUCAUUACUAAAGUGUUAACUGAGGCUCUGUAACCUCUGACUCUGGCUGUUUUCAAGUCAAAGCUGUUAAAGGAAAGGGGGUUGGUUCAUAGUGCUGUUUCUGCAAGAACCCUGCAAGAGGGAAAUAGUCUUCAUUUUGGAUGAGAAAACUAACUUGGCUGCAAUUCAACCCACGUGAGUGACUGCACAAUCUCUGCCCUUUUCAUCCCUCACUCGGGAUUCUAACACUCCCUUCUGUGACGCGGAGACCGCCGGCUGGGGAAAGGAACCCAGGGGAGCUGCUCCGCAGCUGGGUGUGAGCGAGCUGCGCGCACCGGCCGGAAACCCGGCGCAGACGCGCGGGAGCCCCGCCCCCCCGGGCAGGGUCCCAGGCGGGAGGCGGGGCCGGGGCGGAGCCUGCCGCCGCGGGAAUCCCAAACCCGCCCCUUUCCCCACCCCUCCACUUCUUGCCAUGGCCCCUGCACUGCUCCUGGUCCCUGCUGCCCUCGCCUCUUUCAUCCUGGCCUUUGGCACCGGAGUGGAGUUCGUACGAUUUACCUCCCUUCGGCCACUUCUUGGAAGAAUCUCGGAGUCUGGCAAUCCGGAUGCCCGCCAGGGAUGGCUGGCUGCCCUGCAGGACCAAAGCAUCCUUGUCCCGCUGGUUUGGGAUCUGGGGCUCCUGUUACUGUUUGUGGGGCAGCACAGCCUCAUGGCAACUGAGACCGUGAAGGAAUGGAUGUCCCGGUACUUUGGGGUCCUUCAGAGGUCACUGUACGUGGCAUGCACUGCCCUGGCCUUGCAGCUGGUGAUGCGGUACUGGGAGCCUGUGCCCAGGGGUCCUGUGUUGUGGGAGGCUCGGGCUGAGCCAUGGGCCACUUGGGUGCCCCUCCUCUGCUUUGUCCUCCACGUCAUUUCCUGGCUCCUCAUCUUCAGCAUCCUUCUCGUCUUCGACUACGCAGAGCUCAUGGGCCUGAAACAGGUGUACUACCAUGUGCUGGGGCUGGGCGAGCCUCUGGCCCUGAAGUCGCCCCGGGCUCUGAGACUCUUCUCCCACCUGCGCCAUCCAGUGUGCGUGGAGCUGCUGACAGUGCUAUGGGUGGUACCCACCCUGGGCACUGACCGCCUGCUCCUUGCUCUCCUCCUUACCCUCUACCUGGGCCUGGCUCACGGACUGGACCAGCAUGAUCUCCGCUAUCUCCGGGCCCAGCUACAAAGAAAACUCCACCUGCUCUCCCGGCCCCAGGAUGGGGAGGCCGAGUAAGGGGUUAACCCUGGUUGCAAGCCCUGUACUUCCUUUCUCCCUCCUAUCCCAAAUUCCCUUAACAUCCAGGCCUUGGCUGCUUCAGACCAGAGGCCCAAAUCCAUGGACUGAAGGAGUGGUCCCUUUCCUUGCUUGAGCCUCCACUCCUUGGUUCCAGCUCCAUACUGAAUUUCAGCCAUUGGACUCCAACGGCCACUUCUCACCAGCCAGGAAGAGUGGCUGGGAACUUAUCCGUCUUCUCACAGUUCAGGGCUUGACCCUCCGUUAACAAUUUCCUCACCAAGAGAAGAGUCUGGCUUGACCACUCCCUUAGCCCUGUUACUACCCUCUGUGCCUCAGGGCUCCUUUCUCCACGUCUAGCUCCCUCCCAGGGGCUGGACCGAGGCCCACUGUCUGGCCUUUUCAGCUCCCUAGGCCCCGACCCUAGGCUCCAUCCUCCUGAACCUAGUUGAGCGGUUUCUCCCAUUCUUAGCUAAGGUGACUAGAGGCUCCCUGCUUUCCCGAGGAACUCACGCUACAGGAAAAUAAAAUUCAGUCUGGUUUUUCUACGUGUA